AUGGUUGUGAAGAGCAGAUUAAUCUCAUCCACUGGUCAGGUGAUAUCCAAAAGAUUCAACUCCACCAUAACAAAUGAUAUUUCAAGUCAAUUGAGUAACAUCCCAAAAUCAACAGGUGCUGGUCCUUUCAUUGAAUACCCAAGAUUUGAACCUUUAGGAAACCCUGCUUCACUAAUAAAUAUAACAUUGCCCCCAUCAAGUGUGUUAAAUCUUCGUACAAACUCAAUACUGGCUGCUAAUGGAGACUUAAACAAUAUUAGCUCAAAAUUAUCAAUAUUGAAAUUAUUCACAAAACCUUUAAUUUAUAACAAAAUUUCAAGUACAACUCCAUUAUCAUUGAUUUUAUCAAAUAAAGGCUCAAAUAAAUUCUUUGUCAAUCUUGAAUUAUCAGAAUUAGAAGAAUGGACAAUUUUCAAUACUAAAAAUUUAAUUGCUUGGUAUGGACCUGAUUUGAAAAUUACAAAUAAUAAUAAAAUUGGAAUCAAUUUAUCCUCAGGAAAUAAUAAAAGUAAUGUUAUUUUAAAUGGUGAAACUCAACUAUUUACUUUAAACUUGGAACAGGAUGAAACUUUAUAUUUGAAUCCAAAAAGCAUAAUAGCUAUAAAUUCAUCACAAUCAGGUUCAAACUUCCAUAAAUUAGAUUCUUCAAGUUUACAAUUAUCAAUUCCAAAAUUCAAAAUUUGGGAUUCAAUAAAAAUUGCAUUCAAUUCAUUAUAUUCUAAAUUCAAUCAAUAUAUCCAAGUUCCAUCUGAAACUAAAGCCAUUGAAACAACAAAAUCAAUCACAACUGAAAAUAAAUCUUCAACAUCAUUUGAAAUUCCACAAUCCCUUAAAUCAUUUGGUACAUGGAUAUCUACAAAAUUUAACAAUUUUAUUCUUAAUGAUAAAGUGUUUUAUGAAGUUAAAGGUCCAGCCACAAUAAUUGUACAAAAUUCAACUUCAAUCUCCACAUCAAAAAUAUUUACAAAUGAACAACUAAACGAAAUCUACCAAAACUUGAAAUAA